GCCAUGAUGAUGUGCUCAAUCAUCCCCGCGGGAAGCUGGGCAUCGGACCUCGCGCGAUGCACCGAUACUCCAAGCCUUCGUUGUACGACCUGCUGGCACUGCACGCCUUGGCAGGCCAAGCGCCUCCCAGGGCGCCGUACGUCUGCACUCUUGGCGACCCUUCUCUCAUAUAAUCUCCCCUCCCUUCUCUCCUGCAACCCCUCCGCCUCGCCCCUCCCCUCUCCGCAGCAUCUGCGCCGUCCUCUCCCGUGCGCCCGCCCCUUCCAAACGAUGCCCCGCACGAUCACACUCUCCUCCAUGCGCACCGCCACGGCCCUCCUCCCAUGUUUCCUCCCGACGCUAUCUGCCGCCGCCCCGCUCCUCCGGAGAGAGUAAGUCAGCUGAUCUGCCCGCCUCGGCUCUCGGACUCACCCUGCUCUCUCGCCACAACCAGCGACGACGGUGACGACGACGGCGCUCAAGUCAGCACACCAGAGAGCGCAGGCUGGGUCAUCGCGGUCAUCGUGGUCGUCGUGCUCGUCAUCGGCGGCGUGAUCUCCACAGUCUGCUACGUCCACUUCCGCAACAAACGCAGAAAGCGCGCUCGCGAACAGCGGCGCACCGCCCGUCGCGCCCGGGCCGCGCACCCACACCACCGCCCGCGCGCGUCGCGGCGCUCGCACUCCUCAUCCUCCUCCGCCUCGGAGGAGUCGACCUUCUCCGAGGACACUGUGGUCAUGCAGUACCCGGCCGCAGCCGUUACCCGCCCCGAGGCGUACAAGUAUGCAUACGGAUACGCGGACGUCGGGCGUGCCGACAAGUAUGAGGACGAGCGAUUCGAGAUGGCGCAGCCGAAGUAGGGAGGACAGCGGGAAUUUGGGCAAGAAUGAUGGGAGCGAGACUACCGUGAGGGUGGAUGAGGUCGUGGAGGGAAAGGGCGGGGACGCCGUGGUGGUCGCGCCCUUGUCCACAUCGACGAGCCGCGGCGACAAGAAUGGUCCGCCGGGGAUGCC